CACCCACCCCACACCUGGGUGGACACAACAUGAGUUUCCCCCACCUCCAAACCUCCACCUCUUUCAACACUGGUCCCAGUGUGUCUCCCCUCCCUUCACACCCCAACCCUUACCCCAACUUCCGUCUAUACCCCGGGGUAGCCCCCGUUUACCCCGGACGUACUCCAUACGACUCGUUCUUUGGUCUAAACUCCAGUGGACACCAUGCAUUGGACCAAGCUACCCGCCACCCCACAAUGGGGGACACAUAGGAGGAGGGGGAGGGUAUGAAGGUGUUCUGAGGGGGGUGACGAGAGAGGGUGGAGAGCAACACCAGCGACCAGUCAGUCCCUCUGGUGUGACAGGUGUCUCGAUGCAGGUCCAGCCUCCCUCCAGUCCUCCCAGUGCUCCCAGUGACACCAAUCUUCCCAGACCUCCUCCCUGGCCGACCCAACACAGCCUUAAGUUCAGUGGCGUUGAACUGGCUCUGGUCUACUGCCACAGUCCUCCAGUGGGAUUCUACUGCCACCAGUCCCCACCUCAGUCUCCAGACCAGGGCUCCCAGCUCGUCCCUCCCCAAACUCACCACUCUCACAUCUCACAGCAACCAUCACACCCUCGCAGGCUCUGCCAGCAACCCCCGCCACUGCAGUCUGUUCCUCGAUCAUGGGGUGGUGUUGAGAGAUCUCGCCAGGGUGGAGGGAGAGAGGGGGAUGGAGGAGAGAGGAAGAAAGUCACUGGUUCACUGGCACAGGAUGACGAGUCACUGUCUUCCCUGCCACUCAGUCUGCCUGAUGAUGCCAGCAAGAGAGAGACGAGGGGAGAGGAAGGAGAAGGAGAGAGAGCUCCUGGGGAUUUCUCAGUGUUUGAUGCUCUGCGGACACCAUCUACUCUGAGGUGGCCACUCUCAUUGCCAACAACGAGAACAGACCCACACUUCUUGGUGGAGUUGUUCAGGGAGCUCCAGAUGUUGUCUUCCGACUACCUGAGGCAGAGAGCUCUGUACAGUCUCCAGGACCUGGUGACCCGCUACCUCACUGAGGAGGGCCUCCAGGGGAGAGGCCGGGGGAGGAAAACUGCAGCUCCGGCAAUUGCAGGUUGCGUGAGUCGUAUGGGUCAUCGGGAACUAUGCAGCCACCAGUGGUCAGCCCUGUCCCCUCCAGAAACAGCCUCACAUCAACACCGGGGAACUGGACCAACAGAUCAAGGCGUCAUGACUGAGGUCAUUCCCCUACUGAAAGGGCACAUGGAGAAGUCUUGCAGUCCGGAGCUACUGCAGGAGAUCAGGCAGCUGGUGAUGAAACUAACGCUCACUCAACUUAAGAUACAGGGUCCUGGUAGUGUAGAGACCUUUUGCAAACAGUUGGAGACUGCUUUAGAGAAUGCUCUCCAGAAAUACCUCAACCAAAUGCUGAAGGAGUGUGGAGAGGCUCUGCUGGUGGAGGUCAGCGAGGUGUUGUUCAAUGAGCUGGCUUUCUUCAGACUAGCACAGACCAUGGAGUGGAAAAAUGAACCCGGGCUUGGAUCUGCUCCUAAGCCAUCACAAUCUAAGGAGGUCGAGGGAGAGGUGGAGGGUGAUGAGGGGAGGGCAGCAGAGGUUCUGCCAGUGUUACAGGCUCUCACUACUGCAGUUGAGAAGUCUCUUAGCGAGGAACAAGAGGCUCUGGGGAAGACAAGAGAUGAUGAACUGGCCAGAGAGUGGAAUGGACCACAAGAUGGGCCGUCUUCUCCCGGUCUAGAGGAAGAUCAGACCAUCAUUGUGGAGUUGUCUGCAAGUGAAUCAAAGCCUAUUGAGAGCCCUAUGUACCGCCACAUCCCCUUUGAAUCUAUAAUAGGAGGGCGAGAGGAAACUCCUCCAACUCCAGUUAUAGCUGCAGUGACUGGUACAGGCACCGCAGCACUCUCCACACAGUCACCACCACCAGACCUCUCUACUGAUGUGAGUCUUGACCAAAGUGGACGUUCAAAUGAAGCUGGAGCAGGCAUCUACAGGAGGCAUUGCAGGGAUACUAGCCUCCGUGGAGCAAGAACCUGGUACAUACAUACAUACACACCACCAUACUGUACCUGUACAAUAAACCUCUUUAUAAAGGACACCUGGGGGUUGAGAGAACGAAGUGUCCCUAUAUAGAGAGGUGUCCUUUAUUCGAAGAGUCCCUUUUUAGAUGUUUCACUGCUGUCUGUUUAUGAAAGCUUAAAGGUUUCUUGUUUUUGCUUAGAGCUGGCGGGAGAGAGUGAUCAACUGCCUGAACCUACUGGCCCUUCUGAAGCAGUAGCUGAGCCAUAACCUUGUACAUGUCGCUGAGUUCUCUAUCACAAAGGCACUGGUGUCACUUGUAUAUUAUAAUAAACACUCAACUGUACAUAUUAUACUGUAUGAGUACUCUCAAAUUAUAAUGUAUGGUCUGUUACGCACACAAACAGUGAUGAUGUGUUAGUUCAGUUCCUCUAUCAGAUUCCGACCUGCAAGGGAAGUUGUGGGUGGGCAUUGGGGACUGGGUGGCUGGUGGAUGGUGAGGAAGGUACAAAGACCUUCACUUAGCUCCUCCACGACCCUGUCCCUGGAGUGCUCAGUCGUGGAGGUGUUGUUGUUCAGUGGGGAGACUGUUUGGUCUUCUGUAUCCGGGUUCUGUUCCUUGCAGAGGGUGGAGGCAGGGCCUUGACUUUCUGCCUUGAUCGCAGAGCUGGUGUGGUUAGGUACCAGUGGGGAAAGAUGCUGGGCUGUUCUGUCUUCUGUGGCUGGGUUCUGGUCCUUGGGCUGUUCCUUGUAGACGGUCGAGUUGGUGCCUUCUGCUUUCACCAUUGACGUGUUGUAGUUCAGUGAGGGGAGACUCUGGGCUUUUAUGUGUUUUGUAGCUCGUGGCAAGCUCUCUCUGGUAUUUCGAGCAGCAUCAGAUGUAGAUUCAAUAGCAGGGUUUGCAGCACCAGGUGUGGAUUUGGUCAUGGUGUUUCUUUCAGUCUCUCCUUCACUGUCGGAGUCAGUCUCACCGCUACUGCUAGAUUCAGUCUCUCCCUCGUCACUGGCGGAGUCACCUGACUCACAGGUGGAGGCCUCGUCGUCUCUCUCUGCUGCCACCAGACGAGCUGCCUGCUCCAACUCUGCCAGCUCCCAACCCAUGCUACUCUUCUCCAUCUUCACCUGAAAACACACACAAGUUUACUUUACCUGCUUCAAUUCAAGUGCCAGGUUCUGGAUGUGUCUUGAGCUGGCUCUCUGGAUCCAGACGCAGUAGUCAGUGAUGUAGAGGUUGUUCAUUACAUAGUAUGGUUCGGAGGAGUUGAGAAUUCUCCUAAUGUCCAGCAGACACUGCAGCAACUUCCUCCGUCCUACUCAAUAAUGAGAGACUUAUCAUAACAGUUCUCUGUGGGUAUUGUACAGGAUAUAACAUGCAAGUAUAUAUUCCCUACCAAGUUAUAAAAAGGAGGACCUAGGUAUAUAUAACUUGUCCAUCCCUAUAUACUGUACCACCGUAUUUGUGAUACACAGAAAGAGCUACACAUCAGUGUAGAUUACCCAGUAGAAAGAGUUGUGUAGUAUCAUGUAGGACACACUGCACCAACUGCCAGUGUCUGUAGAGAGGGUAGCAAAGACAUCUCCUGGCACUGCAGUAUAUUACUUCCUCCACACGCCCUCUGAACGCCUCUAGCCAGGAAAGAGUAGAGCUGAGCUUGCAGAUGUUCCAUGCCGAUUCAACAUUGUGUUCACCCUCUGUGAUGCGAUAGUCAUAGGCAUAGGCAAAUAUUACAUCCACUAGGCCCAAGUACAGGGUUCUCCGUGUUGCCUUGUCCAGGAGAUAGUAGCGUGGAUACACUCUUUGUUAGGUAGCUCUUUCAGUUGCACCCUUUCUUCGUCAGUAAAUGGAAUAAUAUCCUGGUCAGGUUCUCUUUGGCCUUUCCUUUAGCUGUAGUGGUAGUUC